AUGAGAAGAACAAGGAGUACACGAAGCAAAUUUCAUGGAAAUUCAGCCGAAGAAACGACUAUAGAGGCGAACACAGUUUGGCAGUGGGAGGGCGACAAUGGUCAAUGGCAGCCAUACCCUUCCACAGUCUGCGUCCAGCUGAAUGAGGCAGUGAAGGCAGGGGAAACCUCAGUUUCCCUCGCAAUUGGUCCAGGUUAUCUUGUGGAUUUGGUGAAAAUGACCCAAACAAAUGUUAAAACGAAGUACAAGAGAAAGAUCCGGUCACAUACUGUAAAACCAGAAGUUUUGGAUGAAGGAGAUGCAGUCGACCUUCAGACUGACAGCGCAGGACCUACUCGUAUCAAAGAGGAGAAGGAAGAGGAGGAAGAAGAUCUACCCAUUGCCAAGAAGAGGAGAAGGAAUGGGAAAAGUGAGAAAGCAAGCCAGAACACACUCACUCAUGAAACUGACAGCAAAGAGAUUGUGAAGACUGUUGUUAUGAAGGGGAAGGCUCCUGUGGACACAGAGUGUAAAGCCAAAUUAGGAAAGGCUCACGUCUACAGUGAAGGAAAUGACAUAUACGAUGUCAUGCUAAAUCAAACAAAUCUUCAGUUCAACAACAAUAAAUAUUACCUCAUCCAGCUUCUGCAGGAUGAUGGCGCCAAAACCUACAGCGUGUGGAUGAGAUGGGGCCGAGUGGGUAAAGUUGGGCAAAACAGUCUGGUGUCGUGCGGUGGAGAUUUAGCACAAGCCAAAGAGGUUUUCAAGAAAAAGUUCUUUGACAAGACGAAGAAUGAAUGGGAACACCGAGCACAUUUCGAGAAGGUUGCUGGAAAAUACGACAUGGUGUUCAUGGACUACAGCACCAACAACAAGGAAGAGGAAGACACUGCCAACGUGUCCUCUGCACCUCAGAAAAGAACCUGUCAGCUGGACAGUAAGGUGCAGACUCUCCUACAGCUUAUAUGUGACCUCAGGGCUAUGGAGGAGUGUGUACUAGAGAUGAAAUUUGACACCAAGAAAGCCCCUCUCGGUAAGCUGACGGUGGAACAGAUCCGUGCUGGUUAUGCCUCUCUAAAGAAGAUUGAGGAAUGUUUGAAUACGAAGCGUAGCAACAAGGAACUUCUAGAAGCCUGUAAUCAGUUUUACACGAGAAUCCCUCAUGACUUUGGGUUAAGAACACCACCUAUCAUUCGAACUGAGGAGGAACUGAAGGAGAAGAUAGCAUUGUUGGAGGCUCUAAGCGAUAUACAGAUAGCAGUGAAAAUGGUCCAGUCCAGCACCCACACUGAUGAGCAUCCUCUGGACAAACAGUAUCGUUCCCUUAAGUGCCAGCUGACCCCUCUGCCUCAUGGUAGUCAUGAGUACCAGGUCAUUGAGAAGUAUCUGCAGUCCACUCAUGCUCCUACGCACACAGACUACACCAUGACAGUCGUGGACAUCUUUACCGUUGAGCGAGAGGGAGAGAAAGAUGAUUUCCUGUCUCACCUAAACAACAAGAUGUUGCUGUGGCAUGGCUCUCGUAUGUCUAACUGGGUGGGGAUCCUGAGUCAGGGUUUGAGAGUAGCUCCCAAAGAGGCUCCAGUCACUGGUUAUAUGUUUGGAAAGGGGAUUUAUUUUGCUGACAUGUCAUCCAAAAGUGCCAAUUACUGCUUUGCCAAUCAGAAGAACAACACUGGCCUGCUGUUGCUGAGUGAGGUUGCCCUGGGUGACAGUAAUGAGCUGCUGGCUGCUGAUUACAAUGCUGACAGGCUGCCCUCUGGGAAACACAGCACCAAGGGCCUUGGACAGACUGCCCCAGACCCCAAGAACUUUGUAACAUUGAAUGAUGUCACGGUGCCCAUGGGGCCUGCAAUAAAGACUGGGGUGGGGCAGGAUGGUGGCUACACACUCCUCUACAAUGAGUUUAUUGUGUACAACCCUGCACAAACACGCAUGAGAUACUUGCUCCGAAUUCAGUUUAACUACUCCUCACUGUGGUGA